AACAGGAAGCGGAAGCGCGGCCGGGCGGGGCGGGGCCGUGAGGAGGGCCCGGAGCCGCUGCCGGGGCCCGGCGGGGUCGGGAAAGGCACCGGCACCGGCACCGCCUGUCCCGGGAUCGGCACCGGCACCGCCUAUCCCGGGGCCGGGCUCAGCGCGUUCGGAGCGACCGGGAUCGGUGUCGGGGGACCGGGACUGAUAUUGGAAGCCACUGCCGGUGAAGCCGGGACGGGUGUCAGGGGUCCGGGAGCCGGUACCGGUUAUCCCGGGGCCGGUAGCGGCGACCCGCAGCGAGUGUCGGUGACGCGGGGAGGGUGCCGCGAGUCGGGAACCGGUACCGGUUAUCCCGGGGUGGGUGUCGGGGGUCCCGGAACCGGUACCGGUGAUCCCAGGGCCGGUACCGGUUAUCCUGGGGCGGGUGUCGGGUAUCGGAGCCGCUGUCGGUGACCCGUAGGCAGUACCGGUGACCUGGAGCGGGAGUCAGUGCCUCGGUACCGGGACCCGGGGCUGGUGCUAGUGCAGUGGUACCGGUGACCUGGCCCAGGUGUCCGUUCCCCCAUUCCCUGUCCCAGUGCUGGUCCCAGUGCCGGUCCCGGUGACCCGGAGCAGGUGUCACUGCCCCAGUCCCGGUACCGGUGACCUGGAGCCACUGUCCGUGACCCCAGCUCUGCUCCCAGUGCUGGUCUCAGUGCCAUUCCUGCUUCCAGUUCCGGUACUGGUGACCCAGUCCCGGUGACCCGGAGCCGGUGUCUGUUACCCCAGUGCCAGUCCCGGUGCCAGUCCCGGUGCCAGUCCCGUCCUGGUGACCAGGUGUCCAUAACGCCCCUGCUGGUCCCGGUUCCGCCCCCGGUGCUGGUUCCGGUCCUGGCUCCACUCCCGGUUCUGGUGACAGUCCCGAUGCCAGUCCUGGUCCCGGUGACCCAGACCAGGUGUCUGUAACCGCAGUGCCGGUCCUGGUUCCAGUCCCGGUGCCAGUUCAAGUCUGAGUUCCAGUCCUGGUUCCGGUGCCGGUUCAAGUCUCAGUUCCAGUCCUGGUUCCGGUGCCGGUUCAAGUCUCAGUUCCAGUCCUGGUUCCGGUGCCGGUUCUGGUGACCCAGGGCCAGUGUCCAUAACCCUGGUCUCAUUCCUGGUUCCAGUCCCGGUUCCAGUCCCGGUGCCAGUCCCAGUCCUGGUGACCAAGAGCCUGCGCCUGUAACCCCAGUGCCGGUCCCAGUGCCGGUUCCAGUCUCAGUCCCAGUCCCGGUGACCCAGGGCUGGUGUCCGUAACCCCGGUCCCAUUCCCAGUCCCAUUCCCAGUUUCAUUCCCAGUUCCAGUCCCGGUUCCAGUCCCAGUCCCGGUGACCCAGGGCCAGUGUCCGUAACCCCGGUCCCAUUCCCAGUCCCAUUCCCAGUUUCAUUCCCAGUUCCAGUCCCAGUGCCAGUCCCAGUCCCGGUGACCCAGGGCCAGUGUCCGUAACCCUGGUCCCAUUCCCGGUUCCAGUCCCGGUGCUGGUUCCAGUCUCAGUCCCAGUCCCGGUGACCCAGAGCCGGUGUCCAUAACCCCAGUGCCGGUCCCGGUGCCGGUUCCAGUCUCAGUUCCGGUUCCGGUGACCCAGGGCCGGUGUCCAUAACCCUGGUCCCAUUCCCGGUUCCAGUCCCGGUGCUGGUUCCAGUCUCAGUCCCAGUCCCGGUGACCCGGUAUCCGUAACCCCGUUCCCGCUCCCUCCCCGCGAUGUACUCGGCGGGCGCGGCGGGCGCGGUCCCGGCGCGGCGGCGGGGCGGCGCGGCGCUGCCGAAGCAGCCGGAGCGCAGCCUGGCCUCGGCGCUGCCCGGCGCGCUGGCCAUCACCGCGCUCUGCACCGCGCUGGCCGAGCCCGCCUGGCUGCGCAUCCACGGCGGCACCUGCGCCCGCCAGGAGCUGGGCGUGGCCGACGUGCUGGGCUUCGUGCAGCCCGAGCUGCUGCGAGAUUUCUGCAUGAACCCGCAGACAGUGCUGCUGCUCCGGGUCAUUGCUGCUUUCUGCUUCCUGGGCAUCCUGUGCAGCCUCGGCGCUUUCCUGCUCGACGUCUUCGGGCCCAAACACCCGGCCCUGAAAAUCACCCGGCGCUACGCCUUCGCCCACAUCCUCACAGUCCUGCAGUGUGCCACCAUGAUCAGGUUCUGCUCCUGGGCCUCGGAGCUGCUCCUGGAGAUCCAGACCCCAAACCCACCCCAGUUUUACCCAUUUUUUCCAUUUUUUUCCCCAUUUUUCCCAAACCUAACCCAAUUUUCCCCAUUUCCCCAGUCCUGCAGUGCACCAUGGUGAUCAGGUUCUGCUCCUGGGCCUCGGAGCUGCUCCUGGAGACCCCAGACCCCAAACCCACCCCAGUUUUACCCAUUUUUUGCCUUUUUUUCCCAUUUUUUUCCAUUUUUCCCAUUUUUUUCCCAAACCUAACCCAAUUUUCCCUAUUUCUCCAGUCCUGCAGUGU